GACAUUUACGUAAACGGUACCGUACGUACCUGUCAAAACUCAAAACAAACUUGAAAAGUGACUGUUUCGAAAAAUCUAGGAUUUUUUGAGCCUGUCAAGUAAUUACACUAAAUAAAAAUGACCGUUCGUUUUAGCGGAGCGCUCAAAGAGCUGAGGAUUCAUUUAUGCCAAACCAGCGCUCCAUCGGCUGGUGUAAGAGAGUUCAUACAAAAGCACUAUGUGGCAAUCAAGAAGGAAAACCCAAACUUUCCCAUGCUGAUCCGUGAAUGCAGUGGCAUCCAGCCACGUGUUUGGGCGAGAUAUGAUAAAGGUAGUGAGAAAAGCGCUGCACUCACAAACCUAUCUUCAAAUGAUGUCUUAUCUACCAUCAAGCAACUAAUUAAAUGAACUAAUUUAUUUUAAGAACUUAAAUUAAUUAUUGUGCAUAUUUAUAAUUUAAUUAGAAAUAGAAUUAUCUUGAUUUUA